GUUCUUUAAAGAAGUUAGAUUGGAAUCCUAUAGUGCCUAAUUUAUACAGUGGCGUUUGUUUAAAACAUGCUAGGUUUUACUUGGAUUGGAUUGACUCCAUUGAUUGGGUCUUUACUGGCUGGUUUUCUGGCCAUCUACUACUGGACCUGGAGUAAAUCGCGAUUUGUUCGGCUCGUCGAUACUAUUCCCGGACCGAAAACCCUGCCACUUUUAGGAAACAUUCUCGAAUUGAAUGUUGAUCACGAUGAAUUGCUGAGAAGGGCAAGCUUCAAAUGGACGAAAGAGCACGGAAGCAUUUAUCGAGUGUGGUUCACCAUCCGUCCAAUGGUCCUCCUUGCUGCACCCGAAUUACUGGAGCCAAUUUUGAAAAGCGAUAGAUUAAUCACCAAAGCGGUUGAGUACGAUUGCUUCAUUCCCCUUCUCGGAAAAAGCUUGGCCGUUGCAAAAGCUGAGCCGUGGAAGAAAAAUCGGCGUCUCUUCAAUCCAGCAUUCAAAGUUAAAAUUCUCAACAGCUUUAUGAACGCGUUUAACGACAAAAGCCUUGUGUGCGCUCGAGAAAUCGAGGAAGCCAUCCAGUCUCUUAAUGGAGGUGAAAUCAACGUUUUCCCAAUCAUGACGCGGUGCACUAUGGAUAUUAUUUGUGAAACCACAAUGGGAGGGAAAACGUUAACCGAUGAAGAUAAGGCGAACUACAUAAAAAAUUUUCAUGGUUUUGAAAACAUUUUCCAGCAACGUCUCAAUCAACCGUGGCUUCGAUUGGAUUGCCUAUUCAAAUUAAGCGGUCCGGGACGUAGAAACGAGCGCUUUUGCCAAGGACUUCGUGAUUUCAGCAACAUGUUAAUCGGACAUCGCCGUGAAUUGCUCAAACGAACGUCAAAGACAGCAGUUGAUCAGAAAAUUGAAAAUAACAAUAACGAUUGUGAAGUUGACAGAAACAUUGAAGAGAGAAAAAAGGUCUUCAUGGAUCUGCUGAUUGAAGAAUCGGAAGACAAUGGUAAUUUUACGCAUGAUGAAAUGAGAGAUGAAGUCAGUUCUAUGAUGGCUGGGGGCCACGACACAACAGCAUUGGCUUUUACUUGGUUCCUUUACAUGAUGGCCAAGAACCCCGAAAAACAGGAACUUGUAAUGGACGAACUAAAUUUAGUUUUUGGAGGAACUGAUCGACCGUGUACAACGCAGGACUUGACUGAGCUCAAGUAUCUGGAAUGUUGUAUUAAAGAAACGAUGAGGCUGUACCCCAGUAUUCCUUUUAUGUUACGGCGCCUUCCUGAAGAUGUUGAAAUAGGUGGGUAUAUCUUACCUAAGGGCGUCACAAUAGGAAUGAUGGUUCAUGGAAUGCACCACAAUCCCAAAGUUUACCCCGACCCGGAAGCUUUCAAACCGGAACGCUUUCUUCCGGAGAACAGAGUUGGCCGUCAUCCGUACGCUUUUAUUCCAUUUAGCGCCGGUCCUCGUAAUUGCAUCGGGCAAAAAUUCGCUAUGCUCGAACUGAAAGUAGUUUCAGCCAACUUGUUACGUCGAUUCCAGUUUUCGGUUCGGGAUCCCGCGGAACCAAUGAUCGAUUGCCUCCUCCAGACUACGCUCAAGCCAAAGAAAAACGUCAAUCUGGUGGUUUCAAAGCGAUCCAUUGAGGUACUUUGAAAAGUACUUUAGAAUUUUGGAUUCGAAAAAUUCGCCAUGAAUAUUUUAUUCAACUGCUCCUUCAUUCAUUUGAAAUGAGAGCAGCAAAACAGUUGGAUGGAUUUGUAAGGUUAUAUCGAAAACAUUACUCUGCGAAAUUUGAAGAAUAAAGGGGUUUUCAUUUAUAAAAAAACUAGUAAUCUUGUGCCAGUUGUAAGCUAACGUAACGGAAACAUAAGAAUUUGGUGCAUGAAUCAUUCCCCAAGGCAACGUGGAUUCGUGUUUUUCGUAUGCAAUUUGGACUUUUACUUUUCCCGUCGUUCCAAAUUACUUCGAAAAUAAACCUACAACUUAUCCUAG